AUGAAGCGUUGGGCGGCGUCGAGAGUAGGAGGCGUUGUUGGCGGCGAUGGAGACGAGGUUGAAGGCGAUGGAGACGAGGUUGAGGGCGAUGGAGAGGUUCUUGAUGUUGGAGAAGAAUUAUGCUUAGGACCUGGGUCGGAUACGGAGUGCGAAUUGCCGCCGCCCCAGGGAAUGCGUAUACUACAAGUUCGACUUUUGGUGAAGGAAUUGGUGUUGCCCUUUGGAAGAAACGAAUGUCUGAACUUCUUUUAUUCGGCGGCGAUGUACGUGAUGCCUUAUGUUGAACCUAAUCCUGUGCUUGAAUGUACAUUCAAGAUGUCAUAUGCGCGAUUGGUCGAACAGUUCAACCACGUAAAUUUUCUUAUAUCGCCUGCUCUUCGAGGCACAGGCAGAGGUCUCGCGCAACUGCUCACA